CAGUUAGCCUGCCGCCUGUCUAUCUGUCCCCAGAGCCAUGGAGAGAGCCAGUCUGAUCCAGAAGUCCAAGUUGGCCGAGCAGGCUGAACGCUAUGAGGACAUGGCGGCCUUCAUGAAGAGCGCCGUGGAAAAGGGUGAGGAACUAUCCUGCGAAGAGCGCAACCUGCUUUCAGUGGCCUACAAGAAUGUGGUGGGUGCCCAGCGGGCUGCGUGGAGGGUCCUGUCCAGUAUCGAGCAGAAGGGCAACGAGGAGGGCUCAGAAGAGAUGGGCCCGGAGGUGCGAGAGUACCGGGAGAAGGUGGAGACGGAGCUCCGGGGCGUAUGCAACACGGUGUUGGGCUUGCUCGACAGCCAUCUCAUCAAGGAGGCCGGUGAUGCCGAAAGUCGGGUCUUCUACCUGAAAAUGAAGGGCGACUACUACCGGUACCUGGCUGAGGUGGCCACCGGUGAUGACAAGAAGCGCAUCAUUGACUCAGCCCGGUCGGCCUACCAGGAGGCCAUGGACAUCAGCAAGAAGGAGAUGCCGCCCACCAACCCCAUCCGCUUGGGCCUGGCCCUGAACUUUUCCGUCUUCCACUAUGAGAUUGCCAACAGCCCCGAGGAGGCCAUCUCGCUGGCCAAGACCACCUUCGACGAGGCCAUGGCUGACCUGCACACCCUCAGCGAGGACUCCUACAAAGACAGCACCCUCAUCAUGCAGCUGCUGCGGGACAACCUGACGCUGUGGACGGCCGACAACGCCGGGGAAGAGGGGUGCGAGGCUCCCGAGGAGCCCCACAGCUGAGCCGUGCCGCUGCCCUCCCUGCCCUGCCCGCUCGUCCCCCACUCCUGGCAGAGAGGACUUGUACGGGGUGGGAGGCCCAACCCUUUUCCCCAAAUGCUCUGCCCCAGCUCAGAAAGGCUCCACAGAGAGGAACCAGCAGAGCUGAGGCCACCUGGAGCCAGAGGAUUCCAUGCUUCCUGCAGCUGUCAGGUGCUCCUGGUCAUCCCACCCAGCCCUGCUCUCUGCACCUCCGCCGC